AUGGAAUGUAUGCAUGGUUGUUCUGGUUUUACUACACCCGAAUCCUUUAACAUAGAACUACUUCAGGCGUUACUGAAGAAGCUAAUCAACCGUAAGCCACUUGCUGCUCAACCCUGUUUUCAAAUCGAAGGCACACCUCUUAACCAAUAUCUUUGUAUUCUGGCGUACACAGCUCAUGCCCCCGAAGGUGCGAUACUGCAUGCAUGGGAAACACGAUCGGUUGAUGUAUUCCAGAACUUAACUUACGAAUUAGUGGAGAAGGACCUACCAACAGCGUCAUUCAAGGUAAAUGUGUUGGAAUAUGAUCCUACGGGUAAGUCACUUCGAAGAUACUUUAUGAUGGAUCGGUUUAAGACUGAAUCGAUCGAAGCUCAAGGAUGGUGGGAGAUCAAGGUCGACAAGGAUUCAAAGCAAGGCCUCAAGGUUCAACCUAUACGUGAAUUUCAGUUUCCUGCGUCGUUGGUACGAGGUAUUCUUGCCAGGAAAAUGGCCCAGUCGUAG